AUGAGUGUGGCCGGUAUCAGUGAGGUCGGUGGUCUCGAAUCAGCCCAGGAGAUAAUGGAACUCCUACAACGCGGCAAUAGGAACCGCACUACAGAGCCCACUUCAGCCAAUGAGACAUCCUCUCGAUCCCACGCUGUGCUCCAAGUGGUGGUUGAGCAACGGGAGAAGGGGUCUGGUCUCGUUGCUGAGGUCCUUGUCGGGAAACUGUCGAUGAUAGACUUGGCGGGCAGCGAGCGGGCCAGUCAAACCAACAACAAGGGGCUGCGGAUGAUCGAGGGAGCGAACAUCAAUAGGUCCUUGCUGGCCUUGGGGAACUGCAUUACAGCAUUAGCAGAUCAAGCAGGGGGAAAGCAGAGCAGCUUCGUCCCAUAUAGAGACUCAAAGCUCACACGCUUAUUGAAGGACUCCUUGGGAGGAAAUUGUCGUACCGUAAUGAUCGCUAAUAUAUCACCGUGUCAUCUCAAUUAUGAGGACACUCACAAUACGCUCAAGUACGCCAAUAGAGCGAAGAAAAUAAAGACCAAGGUACCAGACGAAAGGUGA